AGUUUCAUCUCAUACGACCUUUGGUUUAGUAUUAUCGCUCAGCAAUAAUACCGUCGUAAUAUCGUUAGUUGCGACAGCUGCAAACAAUCAUUUUUCUACUCUUUGUCCGAUUUAAUUCCACUUGAUCAAUUCCAUUAAUUCCUCAAUUUAAGAAAGAUGCGCUGCUAUGAAUUUUCAUGAUAGCCUAGUAAGAGAUAAAACGAUAUGACGUGUGUCAAAUUUUUAAUCGAAUAUAUCUUGAAAUUAUUAACAAUCUAUAUCAAACUUGCAGUGCAAAGAUAGCACCGAAAGAAAUAGCAUUAUCGCAUUGCACUUCAGGUUUCAAUAUCUUGGCAAUAAAGCAACUUUGUAUUGUAACCCUUUAGAGGAGAUAGUUAGGGAAAUCGUACAAACUAUUUACGAUGACAGGCUCUUGGAUAUCAAUGAAGAUCAUCCAUCAUAAAGCGAGCGAUACAUGGGCUUAGUAAAUGCCGUUUGUUGCUGGCCCUCCGUGAAAGUACUCUACUGUAUUGUUUUUUCCAUGAAUCUGGCUGGCCUUUUAGCCGUCGUUCUGGCCAUUCUCUGGGCCGUACGAUUCGAAAGAGGCUUUGCCGAUUACCUGAAUCUUAUCACCCCUGUUCUCGAUGAUGGUCAUACGACGAAUUUUUUAGAAUUCGCUUUUUUUCGAUUGUGUGGAUUAACGAGCGGAUCACGACGAGCAGGUGACGGUCACGUGUGGACCGCGAUCAUCGUGUCUGCUGGCGUUUGCUGUUCCCCUGCCUAUAUCCUGGGAAUUAAGUGCUGGCUCUACCUGAAACUAGAACCAGCUAGAAACGAUUUAGAGGAUCAACACAAAGUAGACGGCAACGUAGAUCCUCACGAUGUGAAUCGGCUUCUAUUCUUCCACGUGAUUGCCUGCCUGCUGUCAGGAUUCUUGGUAGCUAUUCUAAAUGCCACUUACUUGAUUCUGUUGAGCGGAUUUCAGCAAAAAAGCCGCGAUGGCUUGAUAGAAGCUAUGGAGAAAUAUGGAAUUGACGUCGCUGUGAAGGCGAGGGUGGACGCUCUUCAAACCGAACUCGAAUGUUGCGGGGAUAAUAGUUACGAAGAUUGGUUUCGAAUUCCGUGGCUGAAAUUGUCGAUGGAGGGACCUGAGGAUAUAGAGAACGGUCCUCGACUGGAAGGGCAGUGGGUAUAAU